AUGAGCGAGAAGAAGACGAUACCCAACGCUGUGAAAUUCGCUUUCGGUGGUUUGGCUGGAAUGGGGGCAACGGUGUUCGUGCAACCGCUCGACUUGGUGAAGAAUCGAAUGCAAAUGUCGGGAAUCGGCGGGAAAAGUGAAUACACUUCUUCGGCGCACGCCAUAAAGUCGAUCAUGAAAAACGAGGGACUCUUCGCGCUUUACAAUGGUCUUUCGGCCGGCCUCCUUCGACAAGCCACCUACACGACUACUCGACUUGGCGUUUACACUUGGCUCUUUGAGAUGGUCUCUAGUAAAUCUACCACAGCUCCAUCGUUCUUCACAAAAGCAGGAAUUGGUAUGGCAGCCGGAGCCGUUGGAUCAUUUGUUGGAACUCCCGCAGAACUGGCGUUGAUUAGAAUGACAAGCGAUGGACGUUUACCAGUCGAGCAACGCCGCAACUACAAAAGCGUAUUUGACGCUUUGUUCCGAACAGUGAAAGAGGAAGGAGUGCUUACACUUUGGAGGGGUUGUGGACCGACGGUGAUGCGAGCCAUGGUGGUGAACGCCGCUCAACUGGCCACCUAUUCACAGGCGAAACAAGCUUUCCUCGACUCGGGAUAUGUUCAGGACGGAAUUUUUUGCCAUUUCCUCGCUUCGAUGUUAUCUGGUUUGGCUACAACAAUUGCUUCAAUGCCCGUCGAUAUUGCAAAGACCAGAAUACAGUCAAUGCGGAUUAUCGAUGGAAAGCCGGAGUACAAGAACGCGUUUGAUGUUUGGGGAAAGGUGAUCAAGAACGAGGGCGUGCUUGCUUUGUGGAAGGGUUUCACCCCGUACUACUUCCGUCUCGGUCCACACACGGUCAUCACAUUCAUCUUCCUCGAGCAACUAAACACGGCCUACUACAAAUACGUGCUUGGCGUUGAAGGAAAGGCGCUGCUU